AUGCCCAUGCAACCCGCGUCUGGACCCACCUUGCCUUCCUAUGCUUUGAAUCAGCAAGCCACCAUGGCGUCCAUGCCCGCACUGCCUCAAGCGCACGUCCAUGGCAAUCCCAAUAGCCGCGGCCUGCUCAUGGAGCACACUGCGCACUUGUUCGACCCCACCAUCAACGUGUCGGACAUUCAAACUCUUGUUGGCAACCCCAACCAGAAUUUUAUAGGUGAUGUUCUACAGCGGGCGGAAAAGCCGCAUCCUACAGGACGCGUUUGUGCUGGUCCCCAAUGUCAGCGGACUACGUCAAUUUCCUGGACCCGCCCACCAACUGGCCCCACAGGGCUGGGUUGGGACUUGGAUCAGAACAAGCAGCUUGGCCCUGCUGAUAUCUUCCUUUGCUGGCAGUGUUGUGCCAUCUAUGCCCUCAACAACAUUGAUGGCCAGCGCCCAGCCGACGCAAUGGCCCUGCACCCUCUGCCUCAAAAUCGGCCCGACGCGUUCUACAACAUGGCCGGCAUGAACAAUUUGUCAGCGCCCUUUCCACACUAUCCACAGACUCAAGCUACUGCCACCAUGGCCUCGGACACCAUCAACACAACCAUCUACGAUACCCACCGCCCCAAGAUUGAAACCAUGUCCGACUUCAAUCCGAGUCCCGUUGGUACGGUCAAGUCGGAUGGACAGUUGAGACGUGGCGCGCCAUCCGAAUACAGUACCGAUUCAACAAAGACUUCGGAUCGCAGCACACAUCGUGAACGCCAUCGAUGUCCUGCCUGUCAAGUGCGCGAGGCUGAGUUCCGCUACUUUGGACUGUCGACGCGUAUUUGCAAGGCCUGCUAUCAGCUGUACACGCAUCACGAUACCUUUCGCAAGCAACACCAGGAAUCCAUGGCGGUGCACAUUAAAAAAUGUAUCCGCAAUGACGAAAGUCGCCGGCGUCUGCGUGUGGUGCUGGAUUUGCGAUCCAAGACCCGCCGUCACACGACAACCACCACGGACCAUAGCUCACACGCCACGGUGGUAAUCACGGGCAAAUUCAAUCUUGCUCGAGCACUGCCCGUCAUUGUCCUGGAUGGCCUCUUGUCUGGACCCGGUGUGGUCGAUGCCGAGGUUGUGGACUGCGUCUUUGGCAGCGCGGGAGCUACCCGCAGUCGCUUUGCUUGCGUCAUAUCUGGUACUUACGAACUUGUCAACGCCGCCGGCAUGAAGGUCGAGGACCUGUGCCGAAUUAUGCGCUCCUGCAGUGUGCGAGUCUUUGAGGGAAAGGUCACAGACGUGCCGGCCUACAGCAGCUCGGAGAGUGAGUCGAGCAAUGCGACUGGUUCUGGCAAGGAUACAUCGACGACAGGCAGCUCAGACACAAGUUCCAGCCGCAUUGACGCUGGGGCCAUUACGGAUCGAUCCAAUGCUGGUGGCUCGUCCAAUGCUGGUGGCUCGUCCAAUGCUGGCGGGUCGUCCGAUGCCCGUUGUGAUCCAGUCACCAGCAUAGGCCAGCCAGCUGGUCAGUCAGCCUCAACGGUGACUGGCGCGUCGACGCAGGACGAUGGCGCGAGUCACGCUGGCAAGCGAGCGUCGCUCAGCCCCAUCCAAGAUGCGUGUGAGCGGGCGUCAGCAAUGAUGCCGAGUGGAAGCCGGGCGCCACGUCUGGUGGCCAACCUGCUGGCUACAAAACGUGCCAGGCGCAUGGAGGGUACAGAGCAAGGCAGUGCUCAGGGUCAGGAUGACAGCUCCUCCUCGCAAGAACAGAGCAACAGCCACACUGAUUCGCGCGGCUCGCCAACGCCCAGCUCAGACGGCUCCGAGUCUUCUUCGACCAACGAUACCGGAGGAUCAGAUGAGCCUGAUUCGAGUGACUUGAGCUUGCUAGAACUCCAGGGUCGGAUAUUGGAGACGGUGCGUUGCGUGCGUGUCCUUCUUUGA